CACUAAAGUAUCAAUUUUGCCACUUUUUUUGGGCUUUGAUACCUUUGUGCCACUAUUUUAUUUUGAUCCUAAAUGAGCCACUUUUUGAAUUUUUGUGCCACUUUUUUAUACAUUGUGCCACCUUUUUUUAAACUACAUAUAUUGUAAUCUAAACGCUGCAUUUAAAACAAUGAAAAGCGUCGUACGCUGUCAUUUCCAAUUAGCGAUAUCAAAUUUGACUACGAACGCUUUUAUAUUAAGUGAUUGUAAGUGGUUCUCGCAUGCUCAAAGUUGUCAACAUUGUUGUGUUUGUUUAUUUCUAUAAGACUUUAUUGUUACUGUGGAAUUCUUUACUUUUCGUUGGCGGGUAAAAAUAAAAUAUUUAAGACAAUCGGUUUCUCUAAAUUGUUUGCAAUUUUAUAUGGAUAGGUUUAUAGUAAAAACAAAAAAAUAUGAUAAACCAGAGCCAUCAACAUCGCAUAAAAAAAGGGUGGACAGCGAGGUUGAGAGUAGUUCGGAGGCGACAGAAAACUCGGGUACAGAAUCGGAAGAAAUAUCUAAUCCAAAGCCAAGGAAUUGCAAAAGGAAAAAAAUAUCUAGGUAUUAUUGCAAGCAAUGGGAGCUGCAAUACAAAUGGAUAAAGAAAGACGAAGAGACUAAACGUCCAAUUUGUAUUGCCUGCAAACAACUAUUAGUUAAUCAAAAAACGCAUAUUAUUCGACAUGGAAGCACAAAAAAACAUAUUGAAAAUUAUAAAAAAGCUAUCGAAUCGGAGAAAAUGCAGUUGACGAGUUUUUUACCACAAAACAAUAGCCAUUCAGUGAAUGUUGCGGUGGCAGAAAUUAAGCUGGUACUUCGAAUGAUUAUUAACAAUCAGUCAUACCGAUCAAUGGACAAACUUGCCAAAUUCAAUUCCUCCAUUUAUCCAGAUUCGUCGAUAGCAAAAUUGGUGACCUGCGGGCGCACUAAAUCAAAACAAGUUGUUCAGUUCCUAGGGCGGGAAGGUUUUCAGCGUAUGAUUACUAAUAUGCAGCGACAAAUUUUUAGUCUGAUUAUCGAUGAAACAACUGACAUUUCCACCGAGAAAUGUUUGGUAAUGGUUGUCCGACAGUUUGAUCAAGAUAUCGGCAAGACUCGAGAUUCUUUCUUUUUAUUAGUGCAGCCACCAGGUGGAUCAGGUGAAGAUAUUUGUAAUGUCAUUAUAUCUGCCAUAGAACAACAUAAAAUUCCGUUGAAAAAUUUUGUGGGAAUUUCCACAGAUAAUGCGUCCAGUAUGGUUGGAAAAAAUAGAGGUGUAGCAAACUUGUUAAAAGGAAAAGUACCCAACAUUUUUCAUAUUGGUUGUGUUUGCCAUUCCAUCAAUUUGGUGAAUUCUUCAUCUCUAAAGUGCAUUCCCGAUAACGUGGAACAGCUGUUAAGAGACAUUUUUAAUUACUUUAAAAGUGCAAAGAGGCAAUCAGAUUAUAAGGAACUCCAAAGCAUUUUCGAUGUACCUGAGCACAAGCUUUUAAGAUUAAGUGACACUAGAUGGCUUUCUUUCGAAUCUGUUUCCAGGCGGGUACUUGAACAGUGGUCUGUACUGCAACACUAUUUUAUAAAAGAACAAUUUGAGACAAAAUGUGCAAAGCAAUUGAAAAAAAUACAUUCAAUUCAAAAUGAGUUAUCAAUAGUAAAUAAGAUAUAUUUACAUUUUUUAGUUUAUGUUCUUAAAAUAAUGAACACUCUAAACACCUCUUUUCAAAGCGAGUCUUCUCAAAUAAUAUACCUUUGUUCUAUGACAAAAGACAUUUUACUUCAACUUUUCAGAAACUUUGUAAAAAAGGAAUUCAUAAUUCUUCCUGAAAUUUGGACCAUUGAUUAUAAAAAUUGUUUUCACAUCAAGGAUGUGACGCAAAUAAUUUUGCCACUUUUUUUGGGCUUUGAUACCUUUGUGCCACUAUUUUAUUUUGAUCCUAAAUGA